AUGGCAUCGGCACUUGCGGUUGACCACUCAGCCCACACGGUUAUGCCCGGUGGAGGUAACCCUUCCGUCAAAACCUCUGCUACCACUUCUCAUGCGUUGUGUAUUUAUUAUCCGCAGGCCAACUCGGAGCCGCUCGUCCAGGUGCUCAACAUGCCAUCUUUGGCAGCUGGAGCGGCGCCAGCUUCAAAUGGCAUGAGGUGGAAGUGGUCGAGGCCACCCGUGGCCUUGAAGACAAAGAAAAGACGUCGAAAACUCCGCUCCCCUUCUGCUUGGCUGUCGCUCACGCCAGAGAAUGCCACCCUGCUGCGAAAAGCCAAGAUCCGACUACUACUACUCUUCGACGAGCUGCCAGAAUGGGCAAAGGACAACGAGUACAUUCGUUCCGGCUGGAGGCCCGAGACGAAUUCGUACUGGGAAUGCAUGAUUAGCAUGGGAUACGAUACGUCCACAACGAAUCUUGCAACAUACACCCGUCUCGUUGCAGCCAUCCGAAUGGUGGUGCUGGGGUCGUGGUGGAGCGUGGACGUAAAGGAGCGGUAUCCAGACAUCAACUUUGAUGACUGCAUCGUCUUUUUUCUCUUCUUCCUUGGUGGUAUAGUCUGCUAUCUCCUCUCAACAGCGUACCAUGUUCUUUCCAAUUAUUCACAUGCCACGCAUCUCUUUUGUCUCAAGCUAGAUUUUCUAGGCAUCCUCACCGUCACUGCUGGAUGCUUCCCGCCGGGCCUCUGGUACACGUUUCUGUGCGCUUCACGUCGAGUAAAGUUUACCUGGAUUGCCGUGAGUAGUCGUCCCCGUCACAAACCUAGGUCGCUAAUUGGUCCGUCUCAGGUCGAUCUUGCCGCCCAAUUCCUCGCCGCCAUGCUCGCACUUUUUGUCAAGUCCUUCCAAGCCCCUAAAGUGCGACCGCUCCGUGGACUUGUCUUCUCCGUCAUGGCGUCUUCGGCAUUAUACCACCUCAUCAUCAAGAUCUUUCAAGUCGGCUGGUCGUGUGCUGACGCCGAGUACAGCGCUUCACUUUACGCCUUGACUAGUCUCAUAUAUUUAUGCUCGGUGACCAUGUACGCGGUCGGUGCCCGGAUUGAGUAG